GAUCUAAAGACGCCGAAUUGUUCGUUGAAGUCACAUAAAAAAUGAGCAACCUUUGAGAUUCAUGCACAGAUCCAUCUUAUUUUCAGGUAACUGUUAUUCCUUGUCUGAACCAUAGUUUUCUCUUUCAAAUAUUUUUUGUCUGCAUAAUAAUUCCCAAGAAAUUUGUUUUCUGUUGUUUUUGUUCAUAACCCAAAAUCAAGAAUUCUGGGUUUUUUCCAAGCUGGAAACAAGUACUUGUUGUAAUUGAAACAAACCCAACUCUCUGAACUUCAAGAUUCUUGGUUUUGUGUCGCAGUUUUGUGAAUUUUCUUUUCCAAAUAGUCGUUUAGGAUAACCCCAAAAGUGUCAAUAGUUCCAGAUUCUAGGGUUUGUGUCAUAUUUUGGUGAAAGCUAGCUCUCAAAACAGUUUUGGAAUUAAGGGUCUGUGUCAGAUUUUUUUUUUUUUUUUGUUGUUGAAAUCUGAGUCCCCAAUAAGUUGUUGAAAUUUGUGGUUUGUAUGUAUUUUUGUGAAAAGUGGCUGCCAAGAGGGUGUUGAAGAAUUGUUUUUGUUGAAUAGUUCAAAGAUGGAGAAGUUUUGGUUGAAUGAGGAGGACAAGGCUCUGGUGGAAGGAGUAUUAGGCAGGGAAGCCUUUGAAUACUUUGUUUGGUCGGUUUCCAAUGAUGUUUUAUUGGAGUUUGCUUCGUCGACAGGGGACUUGGGAGUACAGCAGGGGCUGUGCAAGAUUGUUGAGGGGUCGAAUUGGACUUAUGCUAUUUUCUGGCAGGUUUCAAAGUCUAAAUCUGGAAAAUCGGCCUUGAUUUGGGGUGAUGGGCACUGCAGAGAACCAAAAGAGGGUGAAGUUAGUGGUGGAAAUGGUCAUGGGGGUAAAAAAUUGGAGGGAGAAGAUCGAAAGAAGCGAGUGCUACGGAAGCUUCAGGCUUGUUUUGGGGGACUAGAGGAAGAUAGUUUUAUAGCAAAGUUGGAUUCAGUUUCGGAUGUGGAGAUGUUUUAUCUCACAUCUAUGUAUUACUCGUUCCCAUUCGAUAAGCCUUCGAGUCCUUCGCAGUCAUUCAAUUCUAGUAGACCGAUUUGGGUGUCAGAUAUGAAAAGUUGUUUAGAACUUUACCAAUCAAGAUCAUGUUUGGCAAAAUCAGCUAAAUUCGAGACAGUAGUGUUUGUUCCAGUAAAAACAGGGGUAGUGGAGAUGGGUUCUGUCAACGCAAUCUCCGAAGAAAAAAGUGUGAUUCAAAUGGUGAAAACUAUACUUGGGGAUUCUCUUGCUGUAAAGGCAAAAGCAUUUCCAAAAAUAUUUGGGAAAGAACUCAGUCUUGGGGGAGCAAAGUCAGGUCCAAUCAGUAUAAAUUUUUGCCCAAAGGUGGAAGAUGAUUCAGAUUUUCCACCAGAGUCAUAUGAUUUGCAAGCAAUAAGUGGUAAACAAGUCUAUGGGAAUUCUUCAAAUGGGUGUCGAAGUGAUGAUGGUGAAGUGAAGUUGUUUCCGCAUAUGAACCAAGUGAUUGUUGGAGCUUUGAAUUCACAAACCAUGAUGUCUAGUUUGGAACAAACUGAAGAGGACUCAUCGAUUCAACCCGAUGAGCGGAAACCUAGAAAGAGAGGUAGAAAACCUGCCAAUGGGAGGGAAGAACCAUUAAAUCACGUGGAAGCAGAGAGACAGAGGCGUGAGAAGCUUAACCAGCGGUUCUAUGCAUUACGAGCAGUUGUCCCGAAUAUAUCUAAGAUGGACAAGGCUUCUCUGCUAGGUGAUGCCAUUGCAUACAUCACUGAUCUCCAAACGAAGAUUAGGAUUUUGGAAGCAGAAAGGGAGGUGGGUAACAAUAAGCAAAAGCAAUGCACUGUCCCAGAAAUCGAUUUUCAGUCAAGACAUGAAGAUGCAGUUGUUCGAGUGAGCUGUCCGUUGGAUACCCACCCGGUUUCUGGAGUUAUAAAUGCAUUUAGAGAGCAUCAAGUAGUUCCUCAAGAGUCUGAUGUUUCCAUGACGGACAAUGGCAAGGUUAUUCACUCGUUUUCUAUUCGGACGCAAGGUGGUGCUGCAGAGCAUUUGAAGGAGAAGUUGGUUGCUGCUCUUUCAAAAUGAUCCAUCUGUAAAGUAGUACUUGUAAGAUGAAUCUCGAUCAUCCUAUUUAUCUCUUUGUGAAAAGCUGGGGAAAUCUCAAUGUUGUCUAACUAAUGAGUGCAUUUCCUUGCAGAGAAACAGAAACAGCUUGUUGCUACCUAGAUGAUUUGUAUUAGUCUUUGAUUAAAUGACAGUAUAGUUUGCUUCAAAUUGCUGGUUUUAAUUCUUCGCAAGUCAAUUUGUGAAGCAUGUUGUGAUAUGCAUAGGCAAUAAAUGUUUUAAGGUGUCAGAGUAUGAAGCAAAUUAAUGCAGAAUAUGGGCAAUGAGAUUUAAUGGAGGGACAAACCUGUGGCUGCUAAGUAGUGCUGCAGGACUAGAAGUCUUGAAUAAUUAUUGCAACAUUCUGCUGAAUUCUGAUAUUCCCAUGGAUUGUAUAUUCUUGGUUACUCUUCUUUGCAAUUUUGAACUAAUGUUGAAUUUCUAUCACUAAUUGAGGUCUUUAGCUGAAUUCAGACAGCGUUGUAGCCAAGCAGCCAGUUAGAUUUGCAUGUUAAUGAUUUUUUUGUUUCCGAUAACUCCCUGGACAAUUUUAGGACUUCUAGGGGCCUCAUUCAUAAGAUGACUGACAAUUUCUUGGUAUACAGGGAACAUUUCUCGCAUGAAAAAAGUCGAGCAGUUCUGCUCUUAACUGCUUUCCUUUACAUAUGGUCUCUCUUACAAAAAAAAAUUGAUAUUAGACUUAUGGAUAAAAUUUCUUGCUGGAGAUAUCCUGCAGGGUCUCAGUUUUAAAAGCAAGCAAAUGGCUUAAUCCUUUGUUUCUUUGUAGCAUUACAAAUGGUGGAGCAUCUCAUAGCAUCAUUUGUACCCAAUGUAUCUGAAUUCCCUACCUAUAGGGCAAGAUAAUGAAAGACAAAGAAAUUUGAUAUGGAAGGGCACUGAGAAAACUUUUGCACAUCUGGUAGUUAAAUCGGAAGUUUUGAAGUGUGCCAACCGAGUAUUCUAGAAUCUAGCCUUAACUUGCCAGAAAAACUUGAAGGCAAGGAUUUGAACUUGAAGUGGAACUUGUUUCACCAUUCAAUCCUCUGGAUGCCAUGGGAGUUUCAUAUUUGUUAGUUGUUAUAGUUAGUGCUGUGGCUUCUGCCAAGCCAUCAUCUUCAAACUAGGAGACCCCAAAAAAGCUCAAUCACAUUGUUAAUUUCCAAUUAACAGCCGGAGAAUUUGUUAUCUGCUUUUCCAGUGUUGCAUAUUCAACGGUAUUUACUGUGCCACCAGAGCUUCCCUGUAUUAGGUGAGCAUAUGUCUAGGGGAUAUGAAUUGAAUGCGGAUUUGUUAACUCCUUUGCUGAUUCAACUGGCCAAAAUGAGUGCAAACAACCUUACUGUCAAUGGCUACUCAUCGGUACUUCCUCUAUCUCAAAAGUUAACAUAACUCUUAUAUGGAUUCAGAUCGUUUGAAUUACGUUUUUGAACUGUAUAGUGGCAGCCUUAGACUCAAAAUUGGGACUUGUAAUUUGUGAGACAGUGAAAAAUUGCUAUUGUUUAGUAGCCAAUAGCAAAAAAUAAUAUUUGUGAAAACAUAACGAGACACAAGUAGCAGCAAAAAUAUGAGUAAAGACUUACCUUUCACUUUUUAAGGUUUUUAUUUGUCUUUAACAUGUAUACAGAUUACAAAGACAACAUCCCCUUAUUCU